AUGAAGGAUCUCUACACGUUCGACUGCACCGUGGAAGAAGCUUUGGAGACGUACACAUCUGUGAAAGCUGCUUAUACACGACUGUUCAACGACCUGAGGAUACCCUAUCUGGUUGCUGCUGCAGAUUCCGGCAAUAUGGGCGGCAACCUAAGUCACGAAUUCCACGUUCCCAGCUCCAAAGGAGAAGACACGGUCAUUAGCUGUACUAGCUGCGACAUUGUUUAUAAUGACGAGCUUGCAGACGGGAAAAUUCAUGGAUUUGGUGACAACGAAAGCCCCCAGGCUAGCCCAGGGUUUGACACUGGAGAUUUGUCACCUGAAGCAGCACCGACCAUUUCUACAGGUCUCUGGAUGUCUAUUUCCAAGGAUAAACGGACCCUUCUGAGAGGAUGGUAUCCGAAAUUCUCCAUGCAAGGCGAAAGCCAGGAGCCAGUGGAAAGAGAAGUGAACUCCCAUGCUGUCAAGUCUGUAGCCAAUGCUGCAGGAAUCGAUCUUGACCUCAGCGUAGAGAACCCACUGGAACAGUGGGCAACUGAAGUGAAGUCUAACAAGGCUUCCGGCCCUUACCGUGUAGUGGACAUGUAUGACUCGCAAGUGCGAGUGUACAAACGCCCACCGCUGAGUGACGUGCUGGAUCAAGCAAGCUGCAAGGUGGAAGACAUUGACUACUCUAUGCUGGAUCGGUUCCCUGGUACAAACAAUGGCCUCAGCCUUGUCAAGGUUCAGGACGGCGACAAGUGCGCCAGAUGCGCUCAAGGUCGUGUGAAGACCCACGUCGCGAUUGAAAUGGGACACACCUUCCAUCUUGGCACAAGAUACAGUGAAGUUCUACAAGCCUCUGUCAUGGUGGACCAAUCCUCAUCUGGCAGCUCGGAAAAUCAGGUCGUGCCCAUGCAAAUGGGAUGCCAUGGAAUCGGUGUCUCGCGUAUGAUCACGGCGGUUGCUGACAGUCUAGCGGACUCCAAGGGGCUCAACUGGCCCCGCGCAGUGGCUCCUUUUGAGGUCAUUGUGGUUCCUGCGAAAGGCUUGGAGGACGAAGCCGAGAAGGUAUACGAUACGCUUACUUCGGACCCAGCUUCUCCAGUCGACGUCAUUCUUGACGACCGGGACAAGCAAAUGGGAUGGAAACUGGGGGACGCCGACCUGAUUGGCUACCCCAUCAUAGUUGUGGUCGGUAAGGGGUGGAAGAAGGAGCAAACAUUAGAGGUUCAGUGCCGUCAGUUGGAGGAUCUACGGGAGAAUGUGCCGCUAGAGCAGCUCUCGACAUUUAUUCGGUCCUUACUCGAGCGUCUGUAG